AUUAUACCAACCAUUUGUUCUUUCUUUCUUUACUUUUUAUGUCACUUUUUCUCAAGUAUUUCUUCUCUUCUACUCAUCCUAUAUUUUUUUCCACUGCCAUCACUACUCUUGCACUUAAUUGAUUUUCCUCUUUUUAUUCUGAUUUUUCUUCGCAUUUUGGAGAUACCCAUUUGCCAGAAAGGGCUAAAGCUAAGCCUACAUGUGAAGAUUUUUCCCCCCUGCAGAGUAAGACAUAUAUAACAAGCACCUGCAAUGGGUUCUGCGGACUGGCUUAAGAAUGUAAUUGGUAUGAGAAAAGCAAAGGAUGGGAAAUCAAAAAAAUUAAAGGGAACGUCAGCAAUCAAAAAGUCUAAUGGAUGCAAAGGGGAUGAUCCCCUGCAGAAAGAGCCAUCUAAAAUAACCAAUGGUGUCUUGAUCAAGAAUCAGAGGGAACUGGGAAUGCCUAUUGAUGACAGAGCAGCUAUUAAGAUUCAGAAAGCAUUCCGUGCUUACGUGGCUAGGAAAACAUUACGUCGAUUGAAAGGAAAUGCAAGGUUACAGUCCCUGACACAACGUCUGUCGGUGAAAAAACAAGCUUCAUCAGCUUUGAACUAUAUCCACUCGUGGAACAGGAUGCAAACUGAGAUUAGAGAUCGCCGUGCCCGUAUGGUAACAGAAGGGCGUCUUGAGCGGAAGAAGCUGGAGAAUCAAUUGAAGCUAGAGGCAAAGCUUCAAAAUUUAGAGAUUAGCAUGCAGUGGAGAAGAAGCAGUGUCUUCAGUAACAGGUAUAAUGUUGCUUUGACAAAACGCAGGCCUAAAAGAUUAAAUGAAGCAGCUUAA